GUCAAACACUAAGGGAAAAAAAAGGUCUAAUCUCUCAAAACCUUCCUCUUCCCAAACAGAGGCAAUAGUUCUUCCUUGGGUUUAAUUUAUCCGAAAAUUGCCGUCUCAAAUCUCGAUCGUGGUCUUUAUCAGGUUUCUUCGAAUUCUCGCGCUUCCAAUUUCAGGUUUCAUCGAUCUCGCGCUUCCAGUUUCGUGGUUUAAUCGUCGUCUAGAUCGUGGUAUUGAUCGAAUUUCAUCGAAUUCGCGCUUCCAAUUUCAGUGUACUAGAACUAAAUUGUUUGGCAGAUCCUGGAACUAAUCCCUGGAAGAGCUAUUGGUGCAUAGAGUCACAAUCAGGUAGCUGCAAUGGGUUCAAUUACAUCGUCAAUGGAUCUGGUUUGAAUCUUUCAGUUGCUGGACAAGAAGCAAGAUUUUCAUUUUAUCUGAAAGAUGCUUAUCAGUAUCCCUGUCCAGUAGUGAUUAGAAUGCUUCAAGUACAAGUUACAUGUGUAGAACAUUUCUCCGGUGAUUUCAUCUUUAUCAGAGCAUCCUAGAGUAACAGAUAAUCAAGAGCAUGCGCACCAACAGGAGUGUUGUUGUUUAGUCCCCUUGGAUGUAGCAAAACGCUCAUGGCCCAUGCCGUAGCUUCUGAGGCAGGACUGAAUUUUAUGGCUGUCAAGGGUCCAGAGUUAUUCAGCAAGUGGGUUGGUGAAUCUGAGAAGGCUAUUAGAUCUAUUUUUUCCAAAGCAAGAGCUAACGCGCCAUUAGUUAUAUUUUUUGAUGAAAUAGACAGUCUUGUUGUCAUCCGUGGAAAGGAAAUUGAUGGUGUUUCAGUUGCAGAUAGGGUCAUGAGUCAACUUUUGGUUGAAUUGGAUGGUCUACAUGGAAGAGUUAAUGUUAUUGUUAUUGCUGCUACAAAUCGUCCUGACAAGAUUGAUCCUGCCCUUCUUAGACCAAGUGAUAUUCUGCGGCUCUCUCUGAUACACAAAUAUAAGUAAUUGUUUGGUUAAAUUUGCUUUUUUUUCUUUAUCCUGCAUGUUACCAACUUCUUAAAUAUUUUCCUGAUGUUGGACCCGGUUAUUGAAUAGGGCGGUUUGAUCGACUCCUAUAUGUUGGACCCCUAGUGAAACAGAUCGUGUUGACGUAUUUCAUGUUCAUUUGCGUAAAAUGCCUUGCGGUUUUGAUGUUGAUGUAAGCGAGCUGACUCAUGUCACUAAAGGUUGUACUAGUGCUGACAUAUCUUUGAUCUGCAGGGAAGCAUCAAUUUCAGCAAUUAAAGAGAACCUGAAUUGUUCAGGAGUAAAGAUGGAGCACUUGAAGACUGCAAUUCUUCGUGUACACCCAUCAGAGAUUCAACCUUAUCAAGAAUUGUCGGACAAGUUUCAGCGGCUUGUAAAUUCCAAGUCUCCAUCAGAGGCAUGUGUACAUCAGCUUAAUAGACCAAAGGAGUUAUCAUCCUGGAUCAAGAUGAUGGAUUGGAUCUGAUUACAAAUGAAGAUUAAGUUGACAUGAGAAUCAUGCAGACAUAAGGGAAAGCAGAUGAAGAUGAAAAGAUAAAAGACAUUUAGUUUUGGAUUAUACAUUUUAUUUUUGGAUAUGAUCAUUUGAUUUUAUUUUGAACAUAAUAAUGUAAUUUUCAUCAUUCGUGCAAUAACUAUUUCGGGUUCAUAUUAUAUAUUAUUAGUAUUAUUCUUUU